AUGGCGGACAGUGAGCUAGCGCCGUUGUUCGCCCCAUUCUUCUCCUUCGCCGGCAUUGCAUCCGCAAUGGUCUUCGGAGCUGGUGGAGCGGCUUAUGGCACAGCCAAGUCGGGAAUUGGUAUUGCAGGUGUCGGAACCUUUCGUUCAGACUUGAUCAUGAAGUCACUGAUUCCCGUCGUCAUGUCCGGUAUCAUUGCGGUCUACGGUCUCGUCAUCUCAGUCCUGAUCGUUGGAGAUAUCAGACCCGAUCAACAACAAAGCUUGUACAAGGGUUGCAUGCAUCUUGCGGCAGGCUUGUCCGUGGGUCUCUCCGGCCUCGCUGCCGGAUACACGAUCGGAGUUGUCGGUGACGCGGGCGUCCGCGCAUACAUGCAACAGUCACGGGUCUACGUGGGGAUGAUUUUGAUCUUGAUUUUCGGAGAAGUGCUGGGCCUCUAUGGUUUGAUUGUCGGCUUGAUUCUGAACUCCAAGUCGUGA